AUGGAUACUACAGACUCUCAAAGUUCUUUUAUUGACUCACCCGUACCAAAUUCUUUAUCAAAUUCUGCUGAUUCCAAAGUGAAAAAAGUUCGAAAGCCAAGAAGUAAGAAAGUUAAUAAACUUUCACAAGAUCAAGUUAGAAUUAAUCAUGUAGACUCAGAAAAAAGGCGCCGUGAUUUGGUAAGAGGUAUUUAUGACAAACUGGUGGAAACUGUGCCUGACUUAACUCCUGAUGAAGGUAGGUCCGAAAUUGCCAUUUAUUGUAAAACUAUCAAUUAUUUAGAAUGGCUUUAUUACAGGAAUAAAAGUCUUAGGAUACAACUAUCGGAAAAAAUCAGACUUUCUACGGAUCCAGAGGUUAAAAAGAUUAAAAUUGAUGAGAGUCUUACAUGGGAUAUUAAUGAAGCAGCUCUUAAUAUUUCUCACAAAUUGGAAGAAUAA